CAGACACGCGAGAACAGCGAGCGAGGCAACAACGCGUACAGCGGAUACGGUGGAACGCUUAGCGAAAUUCGAAAUUUAUUAAACAAAUUUUCUUAUAUACAAUACUACAUUUCGAGCGUCCAGAUUUUUACGAAGUGUGUCUGUUGGUUAUGGUACUUGACCAAGACUGGUGACUAACGAAUAAUACUCGGUAUAUUUCUGGUUGCUGUCUAAAGGAUACAAAAAUCGUACGGCCAGCUGUCGGGGCUUGUCAGACGUGUGCAAUGAAAGUGAAAAAAUAAUAGAUUUGUUUUUUGUCUGUAAAGAUUCUUGCACGCGAUGUGAGAAAUAUAAAAUCGCUAUGUGACGGUAUGCGAAUGCGUAGAUCUGAGAUGUAUGUGCCGGUUCACAGUGCGAAUUCGAGCGAUUCCGCAGCUGAAUGCAAAACUCGUAAGCAACAUCUAAACUGAUCGUGCUGAUUAAAAAUAAAGCAAUAUUGUGUAGAAAACAAAAAAUAUUGUAGAAUGCAGUGAACUUCACCUUAAAGUGCGAUAAAUUUCCGCACAUACAUACAUACAUAUAUACACAAAUUGGAAUUUGCAUGUGCAUCAACUUUUGCAAGUGAACUUGUUCUGCGUUAUUAUUAUGAGUGAAUUGAUUGUAAAAAGCACAUAAGUAUGUAUAUAGUGGUAUUAAAGAUGUGUUGUUGUAAUUAUAGUGUGCCUUGGCAACGCACAACGAGUCUGUGACAAUCAGGUGGCCAGAACGCGUGGUCAAAUUGGCAACGUAUGCCGCGGCUAUAUUUGGAUUUCCCACCAACACACGUUACCACAGUAGCAACAGACGGCCCAUUACAAAUAGAUAAAACAGUUUGAGACUUGCCGAAGAUGCCACUUUAUCGCUGUGUCCACGCCGCGUAGACAUUUCAUAAAUAAGUGGGCGUCAAAAUAUGGCUUGACGCGUUCUUCGAACUUGGCAACCGUCUCGAUAUCAAAGCAAAAAAUUAUAAUAAAUACUUAUGCACUUAUGUACCUAGUGAUGUGAAUGGUGGACGUCAAGUGGCAGCUGGAAGGUGUGAAAAAGUGAAAUUUCUCAAACCAUUAAAAGUGUAAAAAGAUAAAAGUGAACGAAACAGCAAUAAAAACGUAUGAAGUAGCGGAAGAAGGCGAAGAAGAGCGCUGCGCGUUAAAACAGUAUUUUCCGUAUCUGUAAUUAAGUGAAACAACGAACAUGAUGCGAAACCUAUUGCCGGUUGUUGUUAUGCUAACCUGCCUCGGUGUGCAGAUUGCACAGCCAUUAGCCACCAGCUAUGAUGCUGACGCGCGUCGUGGCCUGGAAUUAUUAGAAAAUGAAAAUCUAGUGCAGCAGCAUCACGUGCGGCAUAGAACCGCGCAUCUGCGCACAGCACACCACAGCCGACACAGACAGCACGCUGACGUACGUGAUAUGGCGAAAAGCGAAAGUGCAGCGGCUGCUGCUGAAAUAACAACGCCAGCGUUGCCUGAUGACGCAACAGAAAAUCUAAACUUUCAACAAGGCGUGCACAAACAACAACACAAACAAAGAUUACAAUUGGAUCUAGAUAAUCGUCUACAACAACACAAGCAUAAUGCGUUGCACACGCAUGCGCAUCAUAAGAACGCGCUUAAGUCAAGGACUACGUCAACGGCGUCAACUACAAUAGCGACGGAUAAUGACACCGAAGCCGUUGUGGAUACCAGCGAAGAACUGGUUAAGCCGACUUGGCCGCCUACGAAAUACAACGAACACACAAUUACCGCUGAUGAGGCCAACAAAGGCACGCAAAAUUAUUAUCAUCAGCCGAUAAUACGCCAACAACAACAACAGCAACAACAUCAUAAACACCAUAAACUACAGCCAGCAGCCGAUUUGCGUCGUACAAAAGCGACUCCGAUGACAUCUGUAGCUCAUAUAAUACACGCAGCAGCAACAGCAGCAGUGGACUUGCCUAUGAAAAUGCACAAUAAUAAACUCAUGCACGCAAGCAGUCAAAUUAACGUAGACACUGAUAGCAACACUACGAACGCAACGAUGCUGCAUGCGCAUUCAACAGUAGGCGGUAUUAAGGAGCGCAUAGCGGCUGCGCAUGCUGAAACGAAUGGUGCUGGGCUAACGACCGAAAACACCGGCAAUGACAAAGCAACCGAUUAUGAGGAUGAUGAUGUGGAGUAUUAUGAUUACAACGCCGAUGAUGAGCCGAAUGCGGAGCAACAGCCACUUGCUGUGCCCGAUAUCGGUGGCUACGGUUAUGACAGUGGCAUUGAUGGCAUUGAAGAUGUCGAGUGGCGGCCCGCGCAUGUCGCUAGCAAUUUGAGAACGACACAUCAUCAACAAUUGCGGCAUAAUCAAGAGCAAUGGCAAGCGCAAAUGCAAUUGCAAAGGCGUCAGCAUUGGUAUCGGCAAGAGCAACAGCAGCAGCAGCAACAACAAUAUGAAAGCGAACACUCGCGGGUGGCACGCGAUCAUCAUCGCGUACAAUCGGAGGAGUUGCACAAUAAUCAUUUGGCAUAUGACACGAGCUCGGAUGAUGAAUACGCUGAUGAUGAACCUGACAGAAGCUCCAGAGAGCAUGAAAUAACAGAACAAAAACUUGCCUUGGGUACCCCGGAAGGGGUGAAAAAGGAGCACAAUGCAUAUGUGCAAAGUCAAAAAUCGCCCACCCAACUGGCCAUCGAGCAUUAUAAUCAUAUGAAAGUGGCCACUAGAUGUCGCCGUCCAAUACCGCGCGUUAUACACGUUUCCAACUACACUUUCAAAACCUAUCAUCCCUCCUACACUAUUUUGUACCGCUGUGGCGAGGAUACGGGCUGCUGUCGCUCGAUGGGGCAGACCUGCACUGUCAAAGAGUAUGAGAAUGUGCCACUCUAUUUCAUGGUAGAAUUGGUGAACUCCAGCAACUCUCGCAAGCAUCCCGAAGUCUUGAUGCUGCGCAAUGACACCGAAUGUCACUGUAUAAACCGUACGUACUUGACCUCUACGCCGGAGUUCAUCACACGCGACAAACGUUCCAAUCUCGCUUAUAGGCGACACACACGUUCGCACAUUGCGGCUUUCGAUAGUUCUAUGGAGGCGGCGAACCAAUUGGAUCAACGCAGUGACCUUGAAUAUGAUAGUGAAAAGAGUCGAGAGGCAGUCUGUCGCUGUCCCAGACACUUCGAUGUGUUCCAAGAGGAUAUUAGAUGGGAGUCAACGCAGCGGCUUCAUGAAUCACAAUCGAAUGUUGCACGCGCCUACAAUUGCCGUUGUGACUGUGCAGACGCCAAUGCAUCGUGUCAGCGCUUCAAGAAUGGUGAUGAGGGCUUUGCCAUGGAUGAUCGCAGAUGCAUUGCGGAGAGGACAUGCAGUGUACCCAACUGCUCCUUUGGCAUUUAUAAUGAACAAAUCGGUCGUUGUCCGCGUUCGAACAGGAAACUCAAACGUCACAAUAAUGGCUUCGGCUAAAUCGUUAGUAUACACAUAUUUUUACUGUUAAUGUUUUCAAACAAUUAUGUUUAAAAAAUAAAUUAUAUAGUUGUAAACGUGUAUUUUAAAGAAAUUUUGUAAAUAUUAAUAUAAGUAUUUUUUUAAGAUAUUUUAUUUGAAUGUCAAUUAUGCGAGUAUUACUUAUGAUUGCAUUUGCUUACUUAAAUAUAGACUUAAGAUUAAAAUAUGUAAUAAUAAAAUAUAUGAUAUUGCUUUCGCCGACUGAAAUGUAAAGCCAUAUUGAAUUUUCAAAUUGAAAUAAGUAAUUGUGUCCCACUUAAAUGAAAUGAAUUUAAAACAAUUAUAUAUAAAUAUUAUACAUAUGUAAUGUAAGAUUCAUAUUAUAUGUCAUCUUUUUAAGUAUUUAAUAAAUGUAAUGAUGCUUAAAUAACAAUUGGUCAUGUAGAAAAAAUUUUAAAUUGAAGUCAUUAAAUCUUCCGGAUUCUUUAAGGUUUUUGGGUUACAUGUGUCGUUAUCGCCAUUGUAGCAGAUUUUCGGAAUGCCGUUUAAUACCCCUAAUAUAUUAACCGAAAAUAUGAGGAAAAUUUUUCUACUAGUAGCCAUGUCUGGGAACUCGAUUUCACACACCAUACUUGUUAUUCGUACUCAAUCGUAUAUUCGUAAGAAAUCGUGUUCACUUAAUUUACAAGUAAUUAAAAUAUCACACAUUUUCACCAACCUAAACGGUUUGAAGUCAGG